AUGUCUACCCCAGACCCCGAAGCCCACCCAGCAACAAGCAUCCCAAAACGCAAGCCCGUCCCUCCACCACCUCUACCACCAGCAGCUCCAACAAUUGACGAACUCAAACCCCACCCCCAAACCCCAAAAUGGCCUCCGGCAAAAUGGACCCAGCUCCCCAAAAAGAAAAAACGCAUAUUCCUCAUCUCAAUCGCAAUCGCCAUACUCCUACUCGCCCUUAUAAUCGGCCUCGCAGUCGGUCUAACCCGGCAUUCGAAACAAAACCUCCCCCUCCCCACAACCAACGGAGGCCCCUACACAGGCGACCUAACAUACUACGACCCGGCGCUGGGCUCAUGCGGAAUAACUAGUUCCAAUUCGGACAUGGUCUGCGCGGUAUCGCAAGUUCUCUUUGAUGCUGCGUCGACGGGGUCGAAUCCGAAUGCAAAUCCGCUUUGUGGGAUGAAGGUGCGGUUGAAGAGGGGGGAGGCAAGUGUUGAUGUUACGGUUGUAGAUCGGUGUACGGGAUGUGCCGUGAAGGAUCUGGAUGUUAGCCGGGGAGUUUUCAAGAAGUUGGCGGAUUUGGAUUUGGGGCGGGUGAGCGUUGACUGGGCUUGGUUGGAGCAGGCGCCUGUUUCUGUGAGAUGA